UCUUGUUUUACUGCGGUUCAGUCCAGUUUUGAAUUUUGUGCCGUUUUGAGGCAGUUGCUUGGCUUUCGGGGUAUUUGUUUGUCAGUAAAUUGAAAUAUCUGUGUGCGGUGCAUUUUAUUCUUCGGAUGAUAAAAACCUUCUCUCAACAGAAGAAAGAGGUGCAAAAUAAAAAAGUGAAGUGGUCGGUGUGACAAAAAUAACAAAACAAAAAAAAAAAAAAAAUCGAAGGAAAAAAGUCGGAAAAUCGUCUAGCUGUCAUUGGAAAUAAUUUUCCUGCACGGAAUAUCGAAUCUGUCAGGGUUUUCCUUGUUCGAUUGUUGUCAUCCGUCGUCUGGAGGUGCAUUAAAAUUUUCCUCGUGUUUUUCACCCACUUUAUGCGUGAGUUCAUGUGUUGCAGUGUCUGGAUUAAAGGGCGAUUUUUACGAAACCAUAAGCGAAGAAAGUGCGAAUUCAAUUUAUGUGUUACUGGUGGCGUUGAAGAGCAAGUUUUGUUUGAAGAUUCGUAGACGGAAUAAAACUCAUUUAUUACGGAAAAGGAAAAAAGUGAUUCAUUCGUAGAGGGGCAAGAAAACGUCACUAUUUGGAUAAGCAAAAGAUUUUCUUUCGGCGUUGAAUUACCCACGGGAAUUUUUUUUUUUAGCGCUGAAUGUGGAUAGGUAUCUGAUGUCAUUGUUAAAAUAAGAUUCAAGAAAAUAGCGCUUUAGUUCCGAAGAGUCUGAUUGCUGUGUGGAAUCGUAAUACAAGCCCAGGGGAACUACUGAAGAACACUAGCAAUUAACACCGUUCUCCGUGUUUCAUUGAUUUUUGCGGUAUUCUUUGACCUCGGUCGAGUGCAGGCACAGCGGCCUGCAGUGCUUUUGAAAACAAUUCAAAGGAAAUCGAAGAAAAUCAUCAUAUAAGCCGGUGAUAGUCGACUAAAGUGGUGGGUUUCCCGACACGCCAAAAGCAGCACGGAGGUAUAUUCUAAGAGCAUUGGAAAGAGGGAGUACACGCUUUCAGUAGACACCAGCGAGCUCCCGUGUUUCGGAGCCAGUCAGCCAAGCAAGAGGUCGACAGAACUUCGGCAAACUGGCCGCGAGCUACCAGCACUGUUAUUAAUGUGAGAAAAUGUCACCGGCAAGAUUGUCGCUUCGGGAGGAGGACAUUGUUCGGUUAGCUUUGGAAUUCCUAAACAAUCGCGAGUUGCACAUUUCUCAAUUAUCGCUAGAGAGAGAAACGGGUGUCAUAAAUGGCCAGUAUUCGGACGAUGUGCUAUUCCUGCGGCAACUUAUUCUCGAUGGUCAGUGGGAUGAUGUGGUGGAGUUCAUUCAGCCAUUGGAAGCGCUGCAGAACUUUGACAUGAAGCAGUUCAGGUACACCAUCCUUCGACACAAGUACAUAGAAUUAUUGUGUAUAAAGUCGGAAGCUGGUGGACUAGGAGGACCGCCUCUGAUCAACAAUGUCGAAGGAGCAGUCGAGGAGGUGGUCCAGGUGCUCAGUGAGCUGGAAAAACUCUGCCCCACCAAAGAAGAAUACUCAGCACUGUGUCUGCUACUGACGCUACCGAAGCUCGGCGAUCACAUGCAGUAUCGCGAUUGGAAUCCAAGCAAGGCUCGAGUGCAAUGCUUUCGGGAGAUUUUUCCGCUGGUUGAAAAAUUUUUGCCUGGUGAUAAGAAGGCCGGUACACCGCAGUCCAUGUUUGCCAAAAAUGAUCGGCUUGUGCAGUUAUUAAUUAAGGGUAUUUUGUAUGAAUCGUGCGUAACGUAUUGUCAGGUUAAGGCAACCGGAGCAGCAGAUACCGCUUCGCAGAAAAUCAACUUCUCGAGGGUACUGGAUGGAUCGAUAGGUUUCACAGAUUCGGACCUAUCGUUACUCAGCUGGUUACAGAGUAUUCCGGCCGAAACAUUCUCGGUUCCAUUCGAGCAAAAAACUCUCAACGUGGACGUGGAAAGACUGGAAAAACCUUCACUUGAAACCUCAUGGACUGAACAUAUGCUCAUCACUCCCAUCAAACCGAAAACUUUCCCUCAUUCUGUGAUGCCAUUUACGCGGCCCCGUAGCGCAGCGGACAUCAUGACCCGUUCGCUGCUGCCCUCACUGGACGCCGUAUCAACCUGUCUCAAUCCUAAAGCAACGAACGAAUCGUUUCCCAUGUCCCGUUCAAGUUUUGCCAGUUUCCACUUGACCGGAAUAAAGCCUACGAGCGGCAAAAUGAUGACCUCAAGCGUGGACCGGCUGUUCGAGAAUGGCGACGGCGGUGACGUCUACCGCAGCAGUAACUUUAGCGAAUAUCAGGGACUUCCAUCAAUAGAAGAAAUCGCUUCAGUGCAAUCGAAAUCACCCGAACUGCAAGCCGUUGCCGGUGCAAUUGUGAAAACCAGUGACAUUCACCAGAACAGUGCCGAACGGGAUAGUCCCAAUACGAGCAACUCCACGGCGAAAAGUUCCCGUCGAGAUUCGCUGACGGAUAAGAUCGCCACCACCAAUCAACCAGUGCCAACGGGCCUUCCUCAUCACAGCCAACUUCCACCGCCGCCACCUACGGUUGGUCCACCACAACACUCCUCCUCAUCCGGGGUCCACUCCGGGAUUAGUGCUAAUAGCGCUGGUAGCAGCAAUCACCAAGGGCCUCCGCAUCCUCAGGUUGCACCACCGCCACCUCCUACCGGUGUGAUAUACGACCAUCCUAAAAGCAACGAAAUCCUAGCAAACGGUGGUGGAGGCGAGCUGUACGAAAAGUUCAAGCAGCAAAAGCAGAACAAGGAGAGUGAUUAUAUUAUGAACGGAAAUCCGACCAUCAUGCCACCAUCACAUCCACCGAGUAGUCAUAGUCAGCAGAAUGGCGCCGGCCCGGUCGGUAGCAAUGGUCCGUCACGGCUUUCGCAUUUGGCAGAUGAGAGCAACGGAAAGGAUUUUGAGCAGUCCGACCACAACCGGCCGAAGUUCGUUGCCGUGACAUCGUUGGAGGACGUUCAGGCGGUACGAUGUGCGGAGUUCCAUCCCAAUGGCCGAAUCUAUGCCGUUGGUUCCAACUCGAAAACUUUCCGAAUUUGCGAGUACCCCCCACUGUCGGAAAUCAGUAAAAGAUGUGAAAGUGGUACAAGUUGGGAAGACCAUACCACCUACCAGCCAACGGUCCUGUUCAAGCGAACGAAACACCACAAAGGUUCCAUCUACUGUAUGGCUUGGUCUCCGGUGGGUGACCUUAUAGCGACCGGUUCCAAUGACAAAACCGUGAAACUGAUGCGCUUCAACGAAACCCAAAAACAACUGGAAGGCCAAGAGAUCGAACUGACGAUGCAUGACGGAACGGUUCGAGAUCUGUGCUUCCUGGAGGACACAUCUAACAAGUCCAGCCUGCUGAUUAGUGGCGGUGCGGGUGAUUGCAAAAUCUACGUUACCGAUUGUGAAACCUCUACCCCAUUCCAAGCCCUUAGCGGCCACGGUGGCCAUGUGCUAUCGCUAUACAACUGGGGCAGUGUGAUGUUCGUCUCAGGAUCGAUGGAUAAAACUGUUCGGUUCUGGGAUCUGCGAACACGUGGCUGCGUCAAUAUGGUUACCCCUGCCACGUCACCCGGUUCUCGACAAGGUUCACCAGUGGCUGGUGUAUGUGUUGAUCCUUCCGGGCGGCUAUUGGUUUCAGGUCAUGAAGACAGUUCAUGCGUGCUGUAUGACAUCCGGGGUAACCGACCGAUCCAGUGCUUCAAACCACAUGCAUCAGAUGUUAGAUCCAUUCGUUUUUCCCCAUCGGCGUAUUACCUGCUGACAGCCGGGUAUGAUAACAAGCUGGUGCUAACCGACCUGCAGGGUGAUCUCACGAUGCCACUGCCCUCGGUCGUGGUCGCCCAGCACUCGGACAAGGUGAUAUCGGGUCGCUGGCAUCCGACAGAUUUCUCAUUCCUGUCGACGUCCGCUGACAAGACGGCGACGCUGUGGGCGUUGCCACCGGUCUAAACACAGCGAGCAGGCCGGGUGGCAAUAGAUGCGUGAUGAUGAAGAAAUGAAAAGGGCAAGGAGAUAUUGCAGAUAGGGGUGACGAGAGAGAGAGAGAAACAAAGAAAAUCAAGAAGUUUGUGUACAUUGUUGAUCGUUGAUCGAUUUGCAUAUGUGUGUAUGAUAAUUAUAAUAUAAAUAUUGGACAUACAUAAUUAUUACUUAAUAUUUAAGCAGUGCAUGCAAGAAGAAAAUGCAAGUAUAAAUUUACCAAAACAGAAGUAAAAACAAGACACAAACAAAGUUUGAAUUGGAACGCUGGAAUGUAACAGUGAAUCUGCAUUCAGAAGGGUAACGGUAGAGAACUAAUGGAUCAAUAAUGCGAAUUAACUACCUGCAAAGACAGAAUCAUGUGGUAAAACACAGUCAUUAACUCAGUUACUUAUAGAGGAUAUUACGGCUUCGUCAGUAGAUAGAUACAUUUUAUUGUCAGGGUUGAUAAAAGUCAUGUUUCAAAAUAUCGUCGGACCAAAAUUGAACUCAUAAAGAUUUUAUUAUCCCCUGACUAUAUAAGGUAUAGAUAUAGAAACUGGCGAAGACUUGACACACCAAAAGAAUGUAUGCACCUAACAGCAGUACCUAGAGCGGUUUAUCACUGCUUGAUUGGGUUAAUUUCUGUUUCAACUCAUCGAGGCUUAAGCAAUACUUUGAUUAGAUGCUCAGUCAUGUUGCUGCGAACUAGGCUUGCGAAUAUAGGUUGCUGAUAUUAGGACCUCCAUGAAUAGAUCACAUAAUCCAAGCAGUUUAAAUGACGUUUUCUACCGCUAGAUCUUUGCUGUGGAACAAUAAUUGGAUUUUUGCUUCUUCAGUUAUCUCGAGAAAAUCGGCUAUUGUUUAUGCUUGGUUUGAAAAAUCUCGAAUUUAAAUCGUUGGUAAAAGGUUGUCCCAAAACAACUCGACAAUAUGAUAAUUGCGGUUAUUAAAAGUAAUUUAGCCAACCUUAGUUUGGAUCAGCAAAGGGACUCAGUUAAUCAACCACUGCAAUACUGUAGUGACUAUGAUUAUAAUCAUUGCUACCAAUCUAAAUCAACUUAUACAACUAACUUUUAACGAGUUAUAUUCAACAAUUAUUUGGAAAUUUGUUAUGCUGCUCUAAUUAUGCGGAACAGCAUAUCCUACAUGGAUAUAUUUUUGGUGUUUUUUGCUGAAUGGUUAUCUAGAAUACCUUUUGUUAUUUAAAAAAUAUAACCAAAACAAAUUAAGUUCUCACAUGAGGAUUAACCCAUGCGUACCUAAGUUUUUUCGUCUAAAAAAUGAUAAAUGGAUCCCAUUUUAUAAUCUUUUACCGAUAUAAAUAAAACAACUUCCAAUCGAUCACGAAUUGGUUUUAGUUUUUGAUUUUUGCACGGUUAAGUGGACUUUUGCUAAAUUUUUAAAUAUUUAAAAAAUGCGUAGGGUCCAAACCUUUUAUUUUAAAAUAGAUUUUGACCCCAUACAAUGUUUAAAUCCUUAAAAAAAAUCAAUUUACGCGCAACAUUAAAAAAAUGUUAAACUAGAAGCAUUUCAUGAUCGAUUGCAACCCGUUUCAUCAGAAUCGGACAAAAAAUGACGAAAUGGAAGCAAUAUCUAACAUUCUAGGCUAAAUAUUUUUGGUACGCAACGAUUAAACAGUCAGUUCUUAGUAAGCAUGCUUAGCAUGCACAGUUGUACACACCAACUGCUCAUUUGUUAAUAACUUUUGAAAUUUGGUUUUCUUUAAAGUAAUUGAUAGAUUAGGUGAAUCU